UUGUCAAAAUUUGACAAAUUGGACAAAUCGUUGCAUAACCAAGUUAACCAAGUUCUUGUGCUCCUUUGGUGUAUUUUUGGCGAGAAAAUCCUACCAAAUGGCGACAAAAAGAAUAGCCCAAAGCGCCGUAAACUGGGCGGCGAUCGCUGAAAGAGUGCCCGAACAUCAGAGGCAACAUUUUCUCGCUUUUAAGUCCCGUUCAGAUCUCUAUCUUCGCAGAGCAAUGUCUUUACCCGAGAAACCCCCAGCGAUCAACUGGGACUUUUACAAACAAAAAGUACCAGUUGCUGGUAUGGUCGAUGAAUUCAAGAACAAAUAUUCAGCACUGAACAUCCCGUUCCCUCCGGAUAAUGUUAGUGGGCAAAUUGAUGCUCAAGAAAAAGCCAUCAAGGCUGAUAUUGAGAAAUUCAAGGCUGAAUCUAAUGCUAGAAUUGAAAACUACAAGAAGGAACUGGCUCACAUUGCUGGACUUCUUCCAUAUGACCAAAUGACUAUGGAGGAUUACCGUGAUGCUUAUCCAGCAGAAGCAUUAGACCCUAUUAACAAACCCACUUUUUGGCCCCAUACACCUGAAGAGCAGGUGGACUAUGUUGACAAGGAUGCUCAACCACAGGGACAUCAUUAAGAUAUGUUACAUAUAGUUUUAUGAAAGGUAUAAAUAUUCAAAAUUUGAUGAGUUAAUAUCCGUUGUGAAAUUUUUUCAGCUGUUUAGUGCGUCUAGUGUUAUUGUUUAAUUAUACUGAUUUGAAUAAAAUAUUGUGUACAAGGA